AUGCCAUCUUGCCGCACAUCCACUGGUAAGGAAGCGAUUGCAACCCGCCGCGUCAACUACAUCGCAUGUGCCCGCACCCUUACGUGGGCGGACUUUGACCCUGCCAAGGACGAAUGGGUGAAGGAGGAGGCCAAGGCCGCAGUGGAGGAGAGGAAAAGGAAGGCCGCUUGCAAGAAAAGAGAGGCCGCCCGUCGCAAGAAACGUGACGCCACCUGCACCGUGAAGAAGAGCUGGGCGGAGAUCCAAGAGAGGAGCACCCGUCCCGCUCCUCGUCACAUCGUCGCCCGUCGCCGCCUCCCUCUGCAGCACCAGGCCGCCAAAUACCCGUCGCCCAAGUGCCGAGGAGAGGAGCUCCUCCAGCAGCCGUCUUCGCCCGUAGCCGGCGUCCUCCGUGCCCAGCAGUUGCAGCCCCGCCGCCGGCUGACUGAACCAGCACCCCGCGCCAAGUUCGUCUUCUUGCUGCGCCGCCGCCCGGAGUUUUCUUCGCCGGAGGCCUUCGCCUCGUCUGCGGCGCCCGAGCACCGCCUGGAGCCCGACCUUGUGCGCCACCUCCUCGCCCCCUCGUCAGCCAGGAGCUCGAGCUCCUGCCUCGUUCCCCUCCGUCCUCGGCCGUCCUUCGCGUGCGGCAAGCCGCAACACCACCGGAGCUCCCUCCGCCGGCGAGCGCCACCGCCGAAGCUGCUUCGUCCCUUCGCCAAGUCCCGCUUCGCCGUCUCCCGCAAGUUCCAGGGCGCCGCUGCUCUGCCUCAUCCUCGCCGGAGUCCAAGCCGCGCCUGCUGCCUCCCCUGCUUCGCGUCAAACCGCUCCAGCCCGCUCGCGUUGACCAAGCCAAGUGAGCGCCUCGGCCUAGCCUCCCGCGCAAGUCGGCCCAGCUCCCACUCCAGCCGCGGCCUGCCAGCUCCUUCACCAAGCCGGCCCAUCUUCUCCUCUGGGCCCAAUGAGAGGAGCACCCGUCCCGCUCCUCGUCGCAUCGUCGCCCGUCGCCACCUCCCUCUGCAGCACCAGGCCGCCAAAUACCCGUCGCCCAAGUGCCGAGGAGAGGAGCUCCUCCAGCAGCCGUCUUCGCCCGCAGCCGGCGUCCUUCGUGCCCAGCAGUUGCAGCCCCGCCGCCGGCUGACCGAACCAGCACCCCGCGCCAAGUUCGUCUUCUUGCUGCGCCGCCGCCCGGAGUUUUCUUCGCCGGAGGCCUUCGCCUCAUCCGCGGCGCCCGAGCACCGCCUGGAGCCCGACCUCAUGCGCCACCUCCUCGCCCCCUCAUCAGCCAGGAGCUCGAGCUCCUGCCUCGUUCCCCUCCGUCCUCGGCCGUCCUUCGCGCGCGGCAAGCCGCAACACCACCGGAGCUCCCUCCGCCGGCGAGCGCCACCACCGAAGCUGCUUCGUCCCUUUGCCAAGUCCCGCUUCGCCGUCUCCCACAAGUUCCAGGGCGCCGCUGCUCUGCCUCAUCCUCGCCGGAGUCCAAGCCGCGCCUGCUGCCUCCCCUGCUUCGCGUCGAACCGCUCCAGCCCGCUCGCAUUGACCAAGCCAAGCGAGCGCCUCGGCCUAGCCUCCCGCGCAAGUCAGCCCAGCCCCCGCUCCAGCCGCGGCCUGCCAGCUCCUUCACCAAGCCGGCCCAUCUUCUCCUCUGGGCUCAAUGUGAGCAACGCACCAGUUCCAGCCCGAUCUAUUUUUUUCCUGAUCUAG